CAAGCUGACACUGAAGCCAGACACGCCAUGGGAGAUCCAAGCCCCAAAAGCAAUGGUGCAAAGGCUUCGCUUCAAAUCAGCCAGGAAUACAUGGAGGAGAAGCUCCAGAUGCUCCGGGGCUUGGUUGCACAGCCAAUCGAGAACAACUGUGACAGCUGCCCAUCACAGGUCGGCGAUGGCCUUUUCGUGGGCAACAAGAAGCAUGCAACCGAUGUGCGUACUCUUGUGAGUCUGGGCGUCACAGGUGCCUUGAAUUGUGCACCAACUGGCAUCAGCUCCUUGAACUUGGACGUGUACACAGAAAAUGGUAUUUCCUAUGGCUUCACCAAUGUUAGCCAGGACAACUACGGUUACCCAAUUCUCCAUGAUCGUAGCGGAGUUCGCUCGGAGCACCUCGACACUGCGAAGACCUUCUACGACCGCAUCCGCCAAACAGGCGGCAAUGUGUUCUUCUUCUGCGUGGCUGGGCAAAACCGCUCUGCUACAUUGGCCAUUGCCGUCCAGAUUCUUCAUGGAAAACACUUGGAAGAUGUGCUUCGAAAUUGCGCCAAAGUGCGUCCGUGGAUCUUGGAGAAUGUGGGUUUCCAGCGGCAGCUGGUCGAACUCGAAGUCUUGGAGGAAAAAUACAGGCAGGGCAUGCGACCGUCUCUGCCACUUGGUGACCUGCCUCCAGAGGCCAAGCGCCGCAGAUUGAAGGUGGAAUGCAUUGACAGCGACCACGUGGAGGUGGAACUCCUGUUUUCGGGAGUUUGCACAAUGGCUGCUGUGAUUCCUGUGGAAGCAACUAUUGACACAGUGCGCCAUGUGUUGUUGGAGCGCGUGAAUUCCUACCUUCGAUACGAACGGCAUUGUGAAAUUGGCAAGUCAUGGCUUCUCUUCACGAUGUUCGGUUUACCAGUGGAGUUUGACCUGGUCCUUGAAGAAGCAGCCGUAGAGGUGAAAGUGCAGAUUGCAAGACUCCAGACCACCUUCGGUUUGGAGAUCCUGAAACCUGAUACCUCAGAAGCAGGGCCAAGCACGGUGGUGCGCUGGAAUUCCAGGUGUCGCUUUGAAGUGUGCAUCUUCUCUGUGUUCAAGGAGAAUUCACAUGAACCCUUCACAUUUCGACAUCAAGAAAGACCUGGCGCACCUGGAACGUUGUUGGCGGAGAACUUUCUGGACACCAACCUGCGGGCAUGGGACUUUACUUCAGGCACCAGGAUCGCAUGGCUUGAAGGAAAGGUCCCACAAUACCGAAAAGAGUUUUGAGCUCCCCUUCGUAUAUCAUAUGUUUGGCAUUUUGCGGAUCAAAACAGGAGGCCCUUUUGAUCUUUUGUAUCUCUCCCUAAGAUGUCCACCUGUGUAGAAGGUCCCGCGUGUCACGAUGUGUGAAACUAAGUCUUCUUCUACACGGCAAGAGUCUGGCCAUGCUCCAAGCCUCCACAAAAUAAUAUGCCAUUUGAGGCCAGCGUUUGUAGGCCAGUUCGUUUAAUACCCCCCACUUUCAGGGAGGCAUGCGGGCGGGUUCACCGGAAAAAGUUGUUGGAAGUCCAAGACAUAAGACUUGAUGAACAGAAUUUUUGUAGCAAAAGGUAUAUAUAUAUAUUAUAUAACCAAGGCACAGAUGUCCAGUCUACCUCACCAGCUCUCGCAGUUUCCACGACCACUUUGAGGGAAGGCAAAAGAAGGUUUUAAGGGUCUAAAGGAUAGAAUGAUAAAGAAAGAAAGAAAGAACAAAAGACAUAAAGAAAGAGAAAGAGAAAGAGAAA